AUGAUCUCUACGAAAACAAUGAUAAAAGAUGAAUUCACAAAAUCGAAUGGUUUAGAAUAUGAAGAAGAUUGCGACAUGGAUGUGGAAAACGAUGAUGAAUCAAGUGUUGGUGGCACAAAUGAAACGAAGGAAGAAAGUGAAUCUACUAACGAUGUUGGAGAGGAGGAAAACGAUGAAGGAACGGCAAGCACUUCGGGAAAUAAUUUAUUUCUUACACAAAUAUUUGCUACCCAACGGCACAAACCAAAUCGGGAGGCAAAAAUGCUCGAGACAUCCAUUGCUAAUUUGAAGAAGAAAUUGCAGACGCAAAGUCAAACAAAUUUCUCAUCUACUACUACUCAUCCUCGCCUGAAAAGACCGGCUACAGAUACAGAAUCAGCAUCAGCAGUACGAGGAAUAGAAGAUCUCUCUCAGGUUACCUCCCGAACAGCUUUACGAGUUACCAGUGAAGGAAAUCCAUUAGAAAUUGAAAAUUAUUCGAAGGAUAGCUUCGAUGAGGAAGGCGAGACAGCUGUUGAAAGAAGUUUGGCUGCUAUGACGAAGUCAAAAUAUAGCAAAACAAAGGAUUUUGUUUUAGAAAGAAGUUUGGCUGCUAUGACGAAGUCAAAAUAUAGCACGUCAUCAAGCAAUCCGUUUCAUGAUGUAGAUCAUGAUGAGGAUGAUGAAAGAUCAAAAAACGACGCAUUUCUGGACAGGAUUUUCGGAGAAAGUAAAGUGGAUAACAAAGUAUCAAAGAAUUUCGAUUUGUACGAUGUCAAUGAAUCAGUUCAAACUUCUUUUAAUCCUGCUGCUUAUAUUUCUAAAGAUAUGACAUUGUCUGCGGCAUUACGAAGAAGACGACAACGUCGAAAUCCCGUAUGGCCAUAUUUUAUGGUAAAAGAUGGAGUGGCAACAUGCAAACAUUGUAAUUAUAGUACAAAAUCUGUGUUCAGCACUAAUCUAAAAGUACAUCUAAGGACACACCAUCACGAUCUCUUUGAAGAAGUGCUCAAAGCAGAAGAAGAACAACAGGAACAAAUUACGCUUCAAAAUUCUCUCUUGGCUACACGUACGACAACAUCAGCAGCAACAAUAAAAACUCCUUAUAUGCAUCACGUAACGACUACUGCUCUACCGGCAGUUGGAAAAUGUAGCAGCAGUGGCAGUAAUGCUGGUAGUAGUAUUGUUAACAGUAAUGUGCUCCCAACUACGGGGUCUAAUUUAAGCAGUGCUGCAGUUCUGCUGGGCAUACUGAAUCAAACCGGUGGCUUCCAAAGUAGUCCGGUAGUUACUACCACCACUACUGCUACCGCUGAUAUAGCUACUGUAAGUAAUAGAACUCAUACAGUGCCUACCACACCUCGGGGUAUUUUGGACUUUCCGAAAGCAUUUUCGGAAUCACAACUUUCAUUGGAUUAUUUAAAAACUACACCAGAUCUCACGAAGAAUUUGCCGGAUUUCCUGAAAGUUAUCUCAGAGGCUUCAAUGAAGUCUGCCGCAAACGCACCAUUGAAUCAAACAAAAGUGUUUCUUACUGGUGACAAUGAAAGAUUGAAAACAUUCAGCAAAAUAGCACAGAAUUCACCAUCGUCUUACAAUGUAAAUUAUGCAAGUGGCAAGACAGACAAAAUUAUUCCCUCAGCGGGUAGCCAAUCAGCAAUUGUUUUAAAGCGGCGACGUUUGCGAAGACAUCCUGUAUGGCGAUUUUUUAAGGAUGUUGGUGAUGGCAGUAAAACUGUGAAAUGUGUUAAUUGCCCAUUCAGCACUUCAUCACCGUUUAGUACAAAUUUGAAAAUGCACUUAAAAGCACACCACAAAAGUGAUUAUCGAUUGAUCUUAAUAUUGGAGUCUCGACAACGUCUGGAAGAAGGAAUCAGUCCCAUUCCAGAAUCGCUUCAGACACCUUCAUCUCCCUCAAAAAAAAGCAGCAGCGAAGAUACAAAUAUCAGCAGUGCGGAAGAAGAACAAACGGAAGCAAAGCGAAGAUCCCUGAGUACAGGGAAUUUUGAAGAUGAAAGUUUCACAUCUAUGACUAAUACGGAACGUGUCAAAGCAAUGAUAGAGAUGGCGGCAGCAAGUCAAACGCAGGCAAUGGAAUUAGAAUUUAAGAUUAGUAGAAAUUUUCGAUGGGGCGAAGAAAAUUUGCCGGUGAAAAUUGUCAUUCAGCAAAAACUUUGUCUAGAUUCACUGAAAGAAGAUUCCCUCGGGUCAUUUAGUCUUUCCCUUUUCUCUCUUCCUGAUCCAAAUGUUGAUUACGGUACGACUGGUGAUACAAAUAGAACUGCUAAUUUUGGUCCUAAUGAAGCAUCAAACUUAGUCGAUACCGAAUUGCUCAUGCGUCUUGGUUUUGCGAAAUCGGAUUUGAUACCAUCAAAACCACCGUUACAGAAUAAAUUUCUAAACACUCAGUCCGUAGUCAGUGGAAGCACUAUCCGAAAUCAUCCGGUGAAUGUGCAUGUUUCAGCUUCUUUGGAUACAACGAAGUCUGUUAGGACAAUAAGUAAAAGGUUGCCGACGGGAGAAGUAGUGAAAGUGCGCCAAACACGUAAAAGCGUUGAAAAUCCAGUGACUAACAUAACUGCCAAUACUUCUGCUGCAGCAACUGCAACUAUUAAUACUACAAAACCAAUUGUGCCAUCUCGUGAUUUAACAGCUAUAGCUACCACCGAUGAACAAUUUAAUGCUAUCAAUUCCGCAAGAGAUAUUGCCCUCGCGAAGUUUUUAAGUAGAGCAAAUGCGUUCCAGUUGCUUGAACUACCGGAAUUUAAGCAAUUUGUGGAUGUAUUGGAUCCCACUUAUCAAUUACCUCAGAGUGGUUAUUUGAAACGAUUGUUGGAAAUUAAAACGGGUGAUCAUGAUCUGCCAUCAGAAUAUCUUCUGGAUAUCAUUCAGGAACAAGGAGAAUAA